UUUCGAACAGUUCACGGUAAGAUCCCCACCAAAAGACUACUUAAUUAUCUAAUUCCAGAUACUUAUCCAUCACCUGCAUUCAUUCAUUGUCAUCAUUCUGGGGACACUUUCAAGCAUCUUAUCUAUGAAUGCCCUGUCAAACGGAAUAUCUGGAAUACAACUAUUACUACUUUUUUACCCCCAAAGUACAAACUAAUUCUCAACAGCUAUUGUCUUUUUUGUUCUCUUUAG